GUGAUUUCACACAUAUUGGAUGUUCAUAUUGUGUAAUGCAAUCAUGCAUGAUCGAGCUCCCCAUUUUCUUUACUCGUAUAUAUACGUUCACUCGAUCAAUGCAGGAACUCGGAUCAAAAACUUCUACUUGAGUCCUUGCGUUAAAGAGCUUUCCCUCAAAGCCUCAAACUCUCGGUCAGUCAUUUACGAGCAGAGCUGAGCUUUACAUUCAAGAAUGGCAGCCCUUGAUCUUCAUCUUAUGGCCUCUGUGUUUGGCAUUCUGGGAACCAUCGUCGCCUUCCUCGUCUACCUUGCCCCACUACCAACAUUUUAUAGGAUUUUCAAGACAAAAUCAACACAAGGUUUCCAAGCUAUACCCUAUUCGGUGGCAUUGUUUAGCGCCAUGUUAACGCUCUACUAUGGCUUCCUCAAGACAAAUGGUUUGUUUCUCAUCGCGAUCAAUUCCAUUGGCUGCUUCAUCGAAACUGUGUACCUUGUAAUGUACAUGAUUUAUGCACCACCAAAAGCCAGGAUUUUCACAGCAAAGCUACUUGUUCUGUUUAAUGUCUUGACUUAUGGUUUGAUCUUAUUGGGUACAAGCCAAAUCCCAAAUGUUCUUCUGCGGUUGAAAGUUGUUGGAUGGAUUAAUGUUGUGUUCAAUGUCUCUGUGUUUGCUGCUCCUCUUAGUAUUAUGAGGCUGGUUAUUAAAACAAAGAGUGUGGAAUACAUGUCAUUCCCUUUGUCGUUCUGCUUAACUCUUUGUGCUGUUAUGUGGUGUUAGAACUGUGAUAAUAAAUACAAAUCGAGCUAUAUCCAAAUGAAUACAUGUAGAUAGACAUGUCUGUGCAAAAUAGAACUAGGAUAGAUACAGCAUCAGCAAUUCUAAUUUUCCAAUUAAAAAUAUUGAAACUAGAAGAACAUCAUACUUACUUGAAGAACUUGACUCAUUCAUUUUGUUCUUCUCCUGAUUACACCUUUAUAAUUCUCCUA